AUGGCAGAGGAAGAGAUCGGUGAUUUUCCACUACCUUACAAAGUCGGAACAUUCAUUGGACUAACAAGGCACAGAAUAUGUUACGAUUUGAAAUCGUUCCAGACCCAGGACCGUCAUAAGCGUACUUGGAGUGGUGACAUGCACAUGGCAGAAGAUUCUUAUCACUUAAGCUCUUCCUCGGUGACUCCAGAGCAGUUGCGAUCCCGGCCAAGAGGUCGACGUGAAGAGAGCGGUGGACAGCAUGAUCGUGAUGGUGGAGAUGAGGGUGGUGAUGGUGAGGAUGAUAGUGCAGAUGGAGGAGGUGGCAGUGGAUAUGAUGGUGGAGAUGGAGGACAUGGCGGUGGACAUGAUGGUGGUAUGGGUGGUGGUAGUGGAGGAGGUGAGGGUGGUGGUGGUGGAGGAGCUGGCGGCAGUCUCAAUGGAGAUUGUUAUGGUUAUGGUGGUGGUGGAGACGAUGGUUAUAGUGGUGGCGGAUUAGGUGGUGAUGGAGGUGGCGGUGAUGGUGAUUAUUUUGUUAGCAGUGACAUGGCGAUGCACGAGAACCAGACGUACAUUAGCCCAGGUGAUUUGCUAUCGAACUUGCUUAGUAAUGAGGGCCUUGAUGCGGAGUUUAGAGGGUCACGUAUCCUUGAUGAUAUUAGUAUGCUCAUGCAGGAGAAUGACUUGGAGAGACGCAGAUCUCAAGUAGCCAGACCCCAGAAACCACUAGAUGUGGAUCUGAAUGAUCCUCCUUCUGGACCUUUGGAUGACACAUUUGCAUUGGGUGGGACUCCUUCCUCAGCAUUCGCUGCAGAUCCCUCGGCACAUCCUGGUCCAUCUAUGUCACCCCAGCGCACACCAAACAAGAUGGAGCAUGAUGGCGAUAGAGAUGAGGAUGAGAUCUCUCUGGCUUAG